AGCGGGGAAGGCCGCGGCGCGAGGGCGUCCACGCAGGGCCCGAACAAAGCACGGCGGCGAGUGACGAGGGCGUCCGACAGGUAGAGUCGCUUCGCUCUGCCAACACACCCGAAAGCGAAAGAAGCUUUGGAAGACCUGGCGAGUCCGCGGGGAGUUUGUCAACAUUGACAGACAGAGAGUGCACCGAGCUGACAUCGGCAAAACAAAGGAAGGCGGCGCAGCUGACAAAACAAGAAGUUGUUACCUGAGAGUGUGUGUCUGUGCGUGUGUGUGUGCGUGUGUGUGUGUGUGUGUGUGUGUGUGUGUGUGUGUCUGCAUGCAAGCCACACUAACAACCCUGCAGCAUGUUGAUGAAAGAGUACCGAAUAUGUAUGCCGCUCACUGUGGAUGAGUACAGGAUCGGGCAGCUGUACAUGAUCAGCAGGCACAGCUGCGAGCAGAGCGGCGGGGGAGAAGGUGUGGUGGUCGUGAGGAACGAGUUGGACACGCACCCCCAACACGGCCCGGGACAGGUGACGGAGAAGCGGAUCUACCUCAGCAGCAAACUGCCGUCAUGGGCCAAGAUCCUGGUCCCGGACUUCUGCUACGUGACAGAAAAGGCCUGGAAUCUCUACCCGUUCACCAUCACAGAAUACUCAGUGUCCUUCCUCCCCAGGUUCAGCGUCCGCAUCGAGACGCGAUUCGAGAACAACAACGGCAGCAAUGACAACGUAUUUGGGGACACACCCACGCCUGCGGAGAACGUCAGUUUCCUGGAUAUCCUGAGUGACCCCAUCCCAGAGAAGCACUACAAAGAGUCAGAGGACCUCUCUCGCUGGCAGUCCGCUAAAACCGAGCGGGGGCCCCUGGAGGAAGGCUGGAGGGACCAGCACAGGCCCAUCAUGUGCUCCUACAAGAGGGUGUGGUGCAGCUUCGAGGUGUUCGGCCUGCAGACCAAGACCGAGGAGUUCAUCCACAGGAACAUCCGGGACAUCCUCCUGGUGGGCCACAGGCAAGCCGUGGCAUGGGUGGACGAAUGGCACGGACUAACUUUGGAGGAGGUGAGAGAUUUCGAACAGAAGAUGCAAGAUCAAACCAACAGCAAAGUCAAACAACAUGCAGGGCCUCCACCCGCCUGCACGCCCGUGUUGUCUCGCUCCAUGUCGGUGUCGGACGAGCGCGCCCUGAAGAAGAUGAGCGUGUCGCCGCCACCCGCCUCCUCGAGCACGCCCAAAGGUCACAAGCGGCCUAGCUCCACCUCCCAAUGACAUCCAGCCAACAGCAAGCUCCUCCUCCUUGCGGACAUCCUCCGAGAAGUGGAGCAGUAGAAGUUUCACACAGCAACAAAGCAAGUACGCUGGGCAAAAAUGUAAAGUAAGGCGUCGCUUCUUCAAAAUGCGCUAAUAUUAGCAUUAGCGAUUUUACAUGGCGAUUUGAACACCUCCGAAUUUGGCAACGCAAACUGCAACUAAGAUGAAUAAUACGAUCAAACAGCUGGUGUGUGUUACAUACAGUAUAAACACUUUGUAGGGCACAACAUAACACAAUCCAGGAAAAAAGUACUGCCAUCUGGUGUCUUGGGAGUGUAACUGCAUGGGAAAGAAGAUGUAAAUGUAAUAAUAAAAGAAGAUAUUCAUAAUCAGUUCAUUUUAAAUGUUACUUGAAAACAAAACAUUAACAAACUCAAACGUACCAAACAUUGGUACCGUCGAUUGCCAGGAACCUUGUG